CUCAACCCCUUACGGUUGGCUAACAUGCGCACCUCUCUCAUUUUUCACUUUUCCACCAGCAAGAAACACGAGAUCCCCCAAUCGAAACCCCCAUAUCCACCGACACACACCUCCUCACCUCUUCACUAACAUGCGCCAUCUCCUCCUCACAAUGGCCCCUUCUUCCCAGAAAAAACCGACCACCACAAAACCCAGUUCAGCAACCCCCGCCAACGCCAACCACCACCAUGCAAAUACCCCAAAUUGCCCUUCGCUCUGCAGGCACUCCCCUUCAGCCACCCUCGACAUCCUUAUUUUCAUCAUUGUUCUCUUCUCGGGGACCUUUCUUAUUAUCUCCUACUUCUCUUAUCUCUUCCAGGCGUUUUCCCUUCUCCUCCCCCCCUUUUCCGCCCUUGUUUCUCAGCUUUACUAUCAUAUAUCAUCUGAUGCGCAAUCCCAGUACAUCUUUUUCGUGUUAUUUUUUCUUUCUUUUUUUAUGUUUGUUGUGUUUUUCGAGAUCUGUUGUGGGUUCAGAUCGAAGAGAUGCGGGAAGAUUGGGUGUAAAGGAUUGAAGAAGGCCAUGGAGUUUGACCUGCAGUUACAGGGGGAGGAGUUGUUGCGGUUGGAGAAUAAGGCAGUUAAGGAUGUCAAUGAGUUGCCAUGGAAAGGUGAUUGUGAGGAUAAUCCGGAUUAUGAAUGCCUGCGCGCGGAGUUGAGGAAGAUGGCCCCGUCCAAUGGACGUGCAGUCUUGCUUUUCCGUGCGAAAUGUGGGUGCCCAGUUGCCAAACUUGAAGGAUGGGGACCUAAGCGUGGUCGGCGCAACAAGAAGAGUCUCGCUCUUACUAGCGGAGGAGAUAGUCGCUGACUGUUCGUGGUGGUGGUUUCAUUCAGGCAUCAUUGAUAGUUUCUUGUUUUGCUAUACUUUGCUCGAAGGACUUGUACUGUUGAUGAGAAACAAUUUUUUUAGAAGUUCAAUGAGUCUAGUAAAGAAACUUAAUUAUGUCCACUCUCGUGGAAGUUUCAUAAUAUUCGACGCCCUAAAUUAAAUGAUAGUAAAUUAUAAAAUUAAUGGGUAGACAUUUUAAAAUCUCUAUCUUUAGUUCAGGUCUAUGUGAGUAAUAGGUUUAUGUUAUGCUGAAUGAACGGCAGCAUUGGUAAUGAAAUCAGAAACAAGGUAUUUUCGGCAUUU